AUCAAGAAAAAUCCAUCCCACACUUCAUCCACUUUGUUCCAAUAUGACAUCCAUUUUCAUUCCUAUCCAAAACCACACAAAACCCAUUAGCAUCAGAAGGGAUAAAAUCCAAAAUUGAUGCCUCAUGUGGUCUCCUUUGUUCAGCAAUCUUCGAUGUUUGUUUGGAGCAUUUAACAAUAUUUAUUGGUUACAAGUACAAAACAAACAAGUUUUAGUGAUCUCCUAUCUCCAUUGCAUGUGCCUACAAAACCUGCCACAACUACUCGACAUUAAACACUCACAACCUCAUCAGAGCUCCACAACACAAGGCCAGCCUCAGAUCCAUUACUGCUAUUCAAUGCACAAAACAUUUACCUCCCUCUCUCAUCACAAACCUAUUGAUCUAUAUGUAACCAGCUCCUUGGCAACUGAUAACAUUGAGCUCAUUCUCCGGUUACAGCAAAAGCUCACUGACCAUGGCUGGUUCCACUGUCUCCUUUGUCCUAUCUUUCAUCCUCCUGUUCUCUGCAAUAGGGUUGAGUACCUGUGAGGACUCCUCCAUCCAGCAGAAGUGCUCACAGGAGUUCACCAAGGUGACCUCAUGUAUGGACUAUGCCACUGCCAAGGCCAGUGCACCAUCGAGCUCAUGCUGCAGUGCAGUGACGGACAUCAGAAACGCUGAUGCUGUCUGCCUCUGCUACAUCAUACAGCAGACCCAUGGUGGAUCAUCUACCAUCAAGAGUCUUGGGCUGCAGUUCGACAGGCUCCUCCAGCUCCCAGAUGCUUGCAAGCUUGCCAACACCAGCGUCAGUAACUGCCCAAAGCUUCUGAAAUUAUCUCCUAGCUCACCAGACUAUGCUAUCUUCAUGAAUGCUACAAAAGCUAAUUUCUCAUCUGGUGGAUCCGCAAAUGUGACCCCCGCUUCCAAUGGAUUCAUGUGCCGGGUCCGCCUUGAUGGUAGUAUUGCCAUUACCUUGGUAUCUGCUAUCUUCUUUUCUGUUUUCUCGAUAGGAGCUUGAAGACAGCCCAACAGACUGAUGGUUAUUCUAUGUGAAACAACAAUGCUUGUAAUAUUGCAUAGAAUGACAUGUGCAAGACCUGUUAUCAAUUUCCAGUUUGAGACUCUUAGGGACAUCAAAAUCAUGUGGUACACAUUUCCAGUGUGAGCAGUGCUAAGCUUUCGUUUUGAAUAACUUGUGAAUUAUCACAAAUUUCUUAUAUCUUA